CGGUUACAACAUUGAUACAUACUUUUUGACACGUGUAGAGGUUGCCAUAGCCAGAAGGCCCGUCACUAAACUCAAACUUGAAGAGUACAACUUUAUUUAAUUUAAAAUUUUGAACUUUUACUCCCGACUUGUCACUUCAUGGUUCAAACGGACUUCGGACUGCAAACUGCAUCCGCUACUCCAUGAUGGCGUCAAACUCAGACGACCUCUCGAUCGUCUCUUUCAUUCUGAAACCAGGUUCAUCCCUCCAUCCGACGUUUCUUUUCGCCGUCGAUGCUGCAUUUGCACUGCUGUUCUUCGUCUUCCUUUGGUCAGCGUACCUAACGAAAGGCAACCCGCACUUCUUCGUUUUGAUGGGUAUACAGCUCGCUCUGUGGGCGAGCGUAAAAUGGUUCGUGCAAGAACUUAAGAAAGCUCCUGCGAAUGUGACGACUAGUAUGGAGACGGAUACAGACAAAAAAGAACAAUGAUCUAUCGUAGUAUACAGAGCAAAUCAUAGAAUUCUUCAUCGACGUGCUUUGUCAUUUCCUUCAUGCCAACGUUUUAUUCGUUUUGCGCUUUCUUGAGCCAGCGCAAAUACUACAGACCGGUAACCCUUCUCUGAAUGAC